UUUAAAAUAGUAGGAGAAGAACUAUAGCUAUUCUUCUUUCUUUUUGUUUCCAUUAAAUAAUAAGCUAAAAUGAACAUACAAGAUUUAUUGGAAUAAAAUAAAAUAAAAUAUAAUUGGUUACCAAAUUACAAAAAGUUUUUGGAGCUCUUUAUAUAAGCCUUUCUCAAUCCCUCUCUUUCCUUUGUGAUUCAUAUCCUACUUCUCAUACGAACUUCUCUCUCUCUGCUUCUCUAAAUCUUAACACUUUCUUCCGAAUUUGCCCCUCAAGUUUUAUUUUAAUUGCUUAAAUGGCCGGAACCCUAGUUUACUCCGCCGGGAGAUUCUCACCGGGAAAUUGUCUUCUCCCCCAACCGAAAACGGCCAGAUUCUACAGCGGAACCGCGAGAUUUCCCACAGGAGUUUCGUCGUUUAAGGCUUCAGCUCAGACGCUAAACGCCGAGCCAGCUGUAACGGAAUCCGUUCGUCGGAGAGUUUCUAGCCUCUACGAAUUACUGAAAGUGAAUGAAACGGCGUCGUUGACGGAGAUCAAGACGGCCUACCGGAGCUUAGCUAAAGUAUAUCAUCCAGAUGCGUCGGAAUCGGACGGUCGAGAUUUCAUGGAGAUUCACAAAGCUUACGCGACACUGGCGGAUCCGACUACAAGAGCGAUCUACGACUCGACGCUUAGAGCACCUCGGAGACGGGUACACGCUGGAGCGAUGGGUCGGUCGGGUCGGGUUUACACGACGACCCGGAGAUGGGAGACGGAUCAGUGUUGGUAAAUCUAGAAAGUCUUUUUAGCGCUUCCGAUGAUUUUGCAGCAGCGAAAGGGCACUUUUUGACUUCUUCUUUCCCCUUUCAUUACUUUUUUUUUUUUCCUGUCAUAUCUUUGGAAAAUUAAGGGGAAAUUAAAAGUUUAAUCCGCUCUUUUUUUGUUUUGUUUUUUUAACUUAAGAAGUUAACAAUGUAUAAAGAAAGUCAUGAGUGGAGAGAUGUAUAUAUUAUCUUCAUUUUCGCCUUCAUAAAUUGUCUUUGGAUCUUUUACUAUACUUUUCAAACGAAGUAAUUAGACCAAGUAA